UUUAAAUUUAUUUUUUUAACAGCUGAUUGGCAAAUGUGUCAUCUGAUGUAGCCUAAUUAACAAAUUAAAUUGAAUAGGCCUAUUGUAGUACAUCAUCCUUUCAUCUCACAACCUAUAUCCCACCCUUCUACCAUUCAUCCUUCCAUCGACUCUCCUCUCUCUUUUAGUGGAUGUGGGAAUGUGGCGGUAUCAGAGGCCAGGGUUCAAGGCCUUACUCCUGGCAGAGCUUCAGAGGCAGCGGAGGUGCAGACAGUUCUGUGACAAGGUGCUCCGAGCAGAGGGGGUGUCAGUACCAGCCCACAGUUACAUCCUGUCUGCCCUAAGCCCCCAGCUGUCAUGUGCCCUGUCCACCGCACCGGCACCUCCCUCUGGGCAGAGCCAGCUACUGGAUUUCCAGGUUUUUGGGGCAUGCACCCUGGUGAGGCUGGUAGGUCUGCUGUAUUCCGGGAGAUGGUGGGAGAGGGGGAGGCGGAGAGGCAGGAAGUGAUUUCUGCUGCUACUAGGCUGGGCAUCCAAGGACUGGUGGAGGUCGGAAAGAGGGAUUUGAGCGCUUCGAGGGAAACAUCGCUGGAUUCAUCAGUUACUUCCUCGAUCCCUCCCAACCACAGGAGGAGAACCUGAGAGGGAGGCGGGGCCGGAGGAGGCGGGUGGGGGGGAUCUAAGAGGGGGGGAACUGAGAGAAGAGCCAGGAGGCUGAGAGAAGGAGGUAGUAGAGUGAGAGGAGUCCUGAAGAAGGGGUCUGGAGUUGAGCAGGGGGUGAUGGAGGUGUCCCAGAGAGCAAGACUGUGGAAGUGGUGGGUCCGAGCCUUCGUCCCCUUCUUCCCCAUCUCCCGCCCCCUCCC